AUGGGAUCUCACACAGUCUCAGCUCAACCACACGUUCCUCCGGCAGGAGUGUGGUGUCCUGCCGUCACCCUGUUUCACCAUGAGACGGAUAGCUUGGAUCUCGAGACGCAGGCGCAGUAUUUCCACUAUCUCUCGCAGACUGGACUGACCGGUCUAGUCAUUCUGGGCACCAACUCGGAAGCAUUCCUAUUGACUCGCCAAGAGCGCUCUCAGCUCAUCUCGACCGCACGCGCCGCAGUCGGCCCCGAUUUUCCUCCCAUGGCAGGCGUCGGGGCACACUCCACCAAGCAGACCCUGGAGUUCGCCCAGGAUGCUGCAGCUGCCGGGGCCAACUAUUUGCUCGUCCUUCCUCCCGCAUACUUUGGCAAAGCCACCAGCAUGAGCGUGGUGAAACGGUUCUUUUCGGAGGUGGCCGCGAAAGCUUCGUUACCUGUGGUGCUAUAUAACUUCCCCGGCGUAUGCAAUGGGGUCGAUAUGGACUCGGAUACAAUCGCUGCGGUCGUGCGGGAAUCAUCCGCCUCUCAGCCUGGCGGCCGGUCAAACGUGGUUGGUGUCAAGCUGACAUGCGGCUCUGUGGGCAAGAUCACCCGCCUGGGGGCAACGUUUACUUCUGACGAAUUUGCGACUCUUGGCGGACAAUCUGACUUCCUCAUCGGCGGGUUAGCUGCCGGCAGCGCAGGAUGCAUUGCCGCCUUUGCCAACGUCUUUCCCAAGACCGCAUCCCGGAUCUACGCGCUGUAUAAGAAGGGCCAGUUGGAAGAAGCAAUGAAGCUCCAGCAGAAAGCAGCCCUGGCUGAGAGCCCCAUCAAGAGCGGCAUCGCUGCCACCAAGUAUGCAGUCGCCUGCUACUCGGCUCCAUCAGCGGGGAUUCUAGGAGCCGAAGAGAAGCUGCUGCCCCGUCAUCCGUAUGAGGGUGUUGGCGAGUCGGUCAAAACUUCCAUCCGAGAAGUGAUGGCCGAGGUGGCUGGCAUUGAGAAGAGCCUGUAA